UGUUGCAAGCGAAAAAUUUGGAAAACAUAACCUCAAAUUAGCUGAAGUAAACAAAAUUUUUCCUCCAAUGUUUUCUUGUUUUUCUUUGAAUUCCACCACAUGACAAAACUCGGCAGUUUUUCCAGGAAGAACUUGUUUAUCUAAUGGUGCUUUAUGUGUGGUGUACAAGUGUUUAGAGAAGAAAUCUCAUUGCGAUAAUUGCAUCCAAAUGCGAGGAACAUUCUGUAGAUUUAUCUCAAGGAUGGCCAGCAGUGGAGCUAAAUUUUGCAGCGAAGGACAACCCUUUACGGUUUUCAUUGAAGGGAACAUCGGGAGUGGGAAGACGACCUUCCUGAAUCACUUCCAGAAGUACCAGGACCUCGUGUGUCUCCUCACUGAGCCUGUGGAGCAGUGGAGGAACUGCGGUGGGGUCAAUCUUCUCGAUCUCAUGUACAAAGAGCCCUACAGAUGGGCUAUGCCCUUUCAGACCUACGUGACAAUCACGAUGCUGAAUAUGCACGUGCAACCAACGACGAAGCCCGUGAAGCUGAUGGAACGAUCAAUGUACAGCGCCCGGUAUUGCUUUGUGGAGAACAUGAUGCAGUCCGGGAUGCUCCACGAGGGGAUGUACAACAUCCUCCAGGAGUGGUAUGCAAGCAUUGAGCGCAUGAUUAACGUCCAGGCGGAUCGUAUUAUCUACCUCCGGACAGAUCCGGAAGUUGCCUAUGAACGUGUCCGGGCACGUGCACGUUCCGAAGAGAGCUGCGUCCCUCUCGAAUAUUUGCGCCAAAUUCAUGAGCGCUACGAGAAUUGGCUAAUCCACGGGCAGCAUCCCUGCCCGGCUCCCGUGACGGUACUCAAUGCAAAUCUCGAUCUCAGCAACAUCGGGACAGAGUACGUGCGGAGUGAGAGCAGCAUCCUCGAGCCCAUCAUUCAGAACACAGUCCGGCAGCCAAUUCUCGCAUCGCCCAGCAAGCAGUCAAAGGAGGCCUUCUAGCAGUGGCCCCCCUCCAAAACAGCCUAGCCCUCCCGCGUAAUUUAUUCCCCCCGCUAGAGCUAAUGGUGUUUGUUUUUUAUUUUAAAUUUUUUUGAGUGUGAGCAUUUCCCGGAGAUGGAACUGGAUGAAGAAGAGAGGACCAAAGAAAGAAGUCCCGAUGCACGCGUGGAAUUCCAAAGGCAAUUUAGAGGAAAUUAUUAAUUAUAUUGUAAAGUAGCAAUUUGUAUUACUUUUUUUUCAAUUGGAUACAAUAAACGGAGUUUAUUCCACCCACAA